AGUACCAAGACAUCUCUCUCUCCUCCCCUCUCCCCCCACUCUCUGUCUCGUCUCUUCUGACUCUCUGGCAAAGGUUAUGUGGCUGGCUGUGGCAGGGGAAAUUAAUACUUUUAUUACAGUACUUGCCCUGGCUGUCUCUCGGCACUCGGCGGUAGCAGCGAUCAACACGGCGGAGAAUUUCGUCGACUCGUCGGAGUUCCCAAAAAAAAAAGAGAGAGAGAGAGAGAGAGAAAAUGGAGUUUUGAUGGUGCAUGCUACGCGUUUUCUAGCCUAUCCUCCUCCCGCUGCUCUGCUGAUCAGACGUUACGACUUUCCAUUCCAGUAUCAGCCAGCCCCGAACAGAGGGUUCAAGUCAAGGUUAAAGCUGAAGACUUUCUGUGUAUGGUAUCACAGGCCUGAUCGUAGCUUCUUCAUUUUUUUUUUUUGUGGGUUUGGGGGGUAGGUAACAGGUAAUGUCGAAGAGAAAGAGCACAGCUGUGAUUGAAUGCUCUACUAUAUCUCUCGAUGGCUCCGGCUCCGGCUCCGGCUCCGUCUCCGUCUCCGUCUCCGUCUCCGACUCCGAGCUCGCUACAGAUGCUUUCUCUCAACACGAAGGGCCAAGCAGCGGGACCGCCUGUGAUGCUGCUGUAGCCCUUCAGUCGAAGAAGUUAAGCACGAGUAUGUUUGAGCACUAUCUUGGGAUCAUGCAGAAGAAUUUCUCCAAAGAUACAAAGGCUUCCUUUGCCUUUCUAGACAGCCUCUGGUUUUCAGUCUACAGGCAAAAAUCAAGCAAGGACAAGGUGUUGGAAUGGAUAAAAAAGAAGCGCAUUUUAUCAAAGAAAUAUGUGGUUGUUCCAAUAGUUUGUUGGAACCAUUGGAAUCUCUUGAUUCUCUGUCACCUUGGUGAAAGUAAAGAAUCCAAGACCAGAACAAGGUGCAUGUUGUUACUUGAUUCUCUGCACAUGGCAGAGCCCAAGAGGCUUGAACCGGAUAUCAGGAGGUUUGUAAGUGACAUAUAUGAAGUCGAGAAGAAGCCACAGAAGACAGCGAUGUUCUCGAAAAUUCCUUUACUGGUUCCUAAGGUACCUCAACAGAGAAACGGGGAACAUUGCGGGCUCUAUGUUCUUUAUUUCUUAAAUCUAUUUGUUCAACAUGCUCCCAAGAACUUCAGUAUUGAGGAUGGCUAUCCUUAUUUUAUGACAGAGGACUGGUUCUGUCAUGAAGAUGUGGAUCGCUUUUGCAGUGAACUCACUCAGCGUAAUCAAUGAAGUAUGGGAUCUUGUUAAAAUUAUAAUGCAUGUAUAUGCAUUUUAAGACGGAUUACAGCUAGUAGGUAGUGUAGAUUCAAGUGAAACUCGACUUUAUCAUACGUACUUGUGGGACUAGUAAGUUAAAUCAACGGUGGACUACCGACUUUUUAAGCGGUGAGAUGUUUUGUGGUCAUGUUACAUGAAAAAUCUUAUUGCUGUACCCGUGCAAACUAGUUGCUUACUCGAUCACAGGUAUUUUAAAUUAAGCAUAAGUCUUCCUCGUAUGCUAUAGAUGGUACAUUUGGACUGUGCUUUAUGGUAAUAUGUUGCCGAAGACAGUGGUAUGUGUGAUCAGUCGUGGGGAUCGAAUUUGGAAUUUGUCGAGCAUUAUACUGUACAUUCAACUUCUGAGGCCCUGA